GCGCAGUGCUGAUUCGGUUCAGGCUGCUCUGUGGCAGCCCUGCUACCGGCCGUGACCAGAUCCAGCUUGCAGCUCAGCUUUGUCCAUUCGAGGUGGGCGGCGGCCAGCACCGAGCAAACAUGCAGCAGCUCAGGGGCGUUUUGUUCUGUCUGCUGCUGGCGGUGGCGGUCCCCACUGCUCCCGCUCCUGCCCCGACGGCGACUUGGACUCCUUUGGAGCCGGGCCCGGCUCUCAGCUACCCGCAGGAGGAAGCUACGCUGAAUGAGAUGUUCCAAGAGGUGGAGGAGCUGAUGGAAGACACGCAGCACAAACUGCGCAGCGCGGUGGAGGAGAUGGAGGCGGAAGAGGCAGCUGCUAGGGCACCCUCUGAGGUGGACCUGUCCCGUUUACCUGCCAGCUAUCACAAUGAGACCAACACAGAUACCAGGGUCGGGAAUGACACAGUCCAUGUGCACCAAGAAAUUCACAAGAUAAGCGACAACCAGACCGGGCAGAUGGUCUUUUCUGAGACAGUCAUUACAUCUAUAGGGGAUGAAGAAGGAAAGAAGAGCCACGAGUGUAUCAUUGAUGAGGAUUGUGGGCCCACCAGAUACUGCCAGUUCUCCAGCUUCAAGUAUUCCUGCCAGCCGUGCCGGGACCAGCAGACACAAUGCACCCGGGACAGUGAGUGCUGUGGAGACCAGCUGUGUGCCUGGGGUCAUUGCACCAAAAAGGCCACCAAAGGUAGCAAUGGGACCAUCUGUGACAACCAGAGAGAUUGCCAGCCUGGCCUGUGCUGUGCCUUCCAAAGAGGCCUGCUGUUCCCUGUGUGCACACCCCUGCCUGUGGAGGGGGAGCUCUGCCAUGACCCCCCCAGCCAGCUGCUGGACCUCAUCACCUGGGAGCUGGAGCCUGAAGGGGCUUUGGACCGAUGCCCCUGUGCCAGUGGCCUCCUCUGCCAACCACACAGCCACAGUCUGGUGUACGUGUGCAAACCAGCCUUCGUUGGCAGCCAUGGCCAAAAUGAGGAGAGCCUGCUGCCCAGGGAGGUCCCUGAGGAGUAUGAAGAUGGUGGUUUCAUAGGAGCGGUGCGCCAGGAGUUGGAAGACCUGGAGCGGAGCCUGGCCCAGGAAAUGGCGUUUGAGGAGCCUGGCCCCGUGGAGCCACUGGGUGGAGAGACAAUCUAGAC